AUGGAAUGGAUGAGAGCAUUAUUUCUACAUGGCCUUUGGGAAAUGAGUGAUCUACGUGAUUCACGAUCACUUCUUGAUUUAAUGAAGAUAAAACUGAUUGAUCCUUGGGGUGAGGUUACAUAUGAAAACUUGUCCUUAUUAUCAAAUUUAUGUCAUUCACGACUCUUCAUUUUACUUCAGGCAGGACCACUGGCUGCUUAUUACAAGCUACCUCUUAAUCAGGUGCUCGUGUUCCAUGAUGACAUGACCUUGCCAUGUGGGGUGCUUCGUCUUCACAAUAAAGGUGGUCAUGGAAGCCACAAAGGGCUGAAGAGUGUGAUCUAUCACUUCAGAGGAAAUAGAGAAUUUCCUAGGCUGAGAAUUGGGAUUGGGAGUCCUCCUGGGCAAAUGGAUCCUAAAGCAUUUUUGCUUCAAAAGUUUAAUUUAACAGCUAGACAGCGAAUUGAUGAGGCUUUGCAAGAGGGAGUUGAUGCCUUGAAGCUCCUUUUAUCUAAAGGUUUGACAGAGAGUGCAAAAAAAUUCAACAAAGAGCAAAAGUAUAAGCACUUAAGAGUGCAAAACUUACCAGUUUGA